GUGGAGGCAGCUGCAGGUAGCCCAGGUGGAUUCUCUCGCCCGAGACAAGUCAGGAAUAUCGCAACGCGGUACAAGAGUUUAAGAGAGAAUGGCUCCUCGGCCUGAGCUUGGGAAUGGGACUUCUGAAACUCACCUAGACCAUGACGCGACUGGCAAGUCUAAGGAUGGGGUGGUGUUACCUGCCUAUUCCACGGCUGCUCUGGUGGACGAUGUGGCGCAGGAAUCGGCCGUCGACCCUUGGGACCUUCCUGCGCUCCAAGAAACAGGCGUGAAGUGGUCAGAUUUGGAUACCAAGGGGAAAGUGAUCCGGAUUGUGACAGGAAUUGGGAAGUUGUGUUUAUUGCUGGGAUUUCUCUACAUGUUUGUUUGCUCUCUGGACGUUCUCAGUUCCGCGUUUCAACUGGUUGGAGGGAAGGCAGCUGGAGACAUCUUUCAGGACAAUGUAGUCCUGUCCAACCCUGUAGCCGGUCUGGUGAUUGGGGUUUUAGUGACGGUUCUUGUGCAGAGCUCCAGCACAUCCUCCUCCAUUGUGGUCAGCAUGGUCUCCUCAGGAUUGUUAGAGGUUAGGUCUGCUGUGCCAAUCAUCAUGGGAGCCAACAUUGGCACAUCCGUCACAAACACUAUUGUGGCCAUGAUGCAGGCCGGGGACCGCAAUGAGUUCCGCAGGGCUUUCGGUGGAGCUACGGUUCACGAUUUCUUCAACUGGCUGUCUGUGCUUGUGCUGCUUCCUCUAGAGGUGGCCACAGGCGUCCUCUACAAACUCACUGACCUUAUCAUCAUCUCUUUCAACCUUCAAACUGGCCAGGAUGCUCCCGAUAUUCUCAAAGUUAUUACAGAGCCCCUGACAAAAAAUAUCAUUGAGUUGGACAAGUCUGUUAUCAGUGGCAUUGCCACUGGGGACCCUGCUGCAAGGAACAAGAGUUUGAUCAAGAUCUGGUGCAAAACAGAGACCGUGAUAACUCUUCAAAACGUGACUGUUCCUGGACCAGAGAACUGCACUGUGGGCGCCUUGUGCUGGACAGAAGGCAACCUGACAUGGACGCAGAAGAAUGUGUCAGAGACGAUAAACCUGGCGAGAUGCAAGCACAUCUUUGCAAAUGCCAACCUGCCUGACCUGGCUGUGGGGCUGAUCCUGCUGGGGCUCUCGCUCGCCAUCCUCUGCACAUGCCUCAUCCUCAUCGUCAAGCUGCUCAACUCCAUGCUCAAGGGACAGGUGGCCGUGGUCAUCAAGAAGGUGCUCAACACAGAUUUCCCUUACCCAUUCGGGUGGGUAACUGGCUACAUCGCCAUGUUUGUUGGAGCUGGAAUGACGUUCAUCGUACAGAGCAGUUCUGUCUUCACGUCAGCCAUCACUCCACUUGUGGGUAUUGGUGUCAUAAGCAUUGAGAGGGCUUAUCCGCUCACUCUGGGUUCGAACAUAGGAACAACAACGACGGCCAUUCUUGCAGCCUUGGCCAGCCCAGGGGAGACGCUGGCAAAUGCGUUGCAGAUAUCCUUGUGUCACUUUUUCUUCAACAUUUUCGGGAUCCUCCUGUGGUACCCGAUCCCCUUCAUGCGCGUGCCCAUCCGCCUGGCCAAGGGCCUAGGGGACCACACAGCCAAGUACCGCUGGUUCGCCGCCGUCUACCUGGUAUUGUGCUUCCUGGUCAUGCCGCUCACCGUGCUUGGGCUCUCCAUCGCCGGCUGGCAGGUGCUGGUCGGUGUGGGUGUUCCUAUCAUCGUGCUGGUCGUGUGUGUGGUGGUCAUCAACGUCCUGCAGAGGCGCCGGCCGCAAUACCUGCCGGGGGUGCUGCGCAGCUGGGACUUCCUGCCGCGGCCGCUGCACUCGCUGGCACCGUGGGACCACGUGGUCACGUCAGCCAUGGCCUUCUGUGGGGCGCGCUGCUGCUGCUGCUGCAAGUGCUGCCGCAGAGGGGAAGGUGAGGACGAGGAGAAGGCCAGCCAGAAGGACGGCAAGAGUCUGGAGAUGUACGACAACCCAGCGCUCACCACAGACGAAGCGCCCACUCAGACACAAUUAUAACUGCUUUGUGUCUUUGUGUGUCUUUCAUGCUGCUCUCUCUCACUCUCUUUCUCUCUCUCUGUCUCUUUCUCUCAUACACACACACACACACACACACACACACACAUCCCUCUCUUUGAUUGGACUGAUCCCACUAUGUAAAAUGGGUGAAAAUAUACAGGAGAUUGGAGAACAGGGAUAUUCCUUCUUGGAAGGCACUAGCCUAGAAAUCUAGACGCGCCCCUAGCGGCAGCCAGGGCUAGUCUAGCAACUCUCCGUUGGCUUGUGAGCU